CUUUCCACAGUACUAGAAACAAAGUUUUCUACUUUUUAAUAUGAAAAGGCAAUGAGUUCUUCAAAUCCAGCUCUUGAAGUGUCGGUCUCUUUUGGUAGAUUUGAGAAUGAUUCACUUUCUUGGGAGAAAUGGUCGACUUUCUCCCCAAACAGGUACUUGGAAGAGGUUGAAAAAUGUGCUACUCCUGGAUCAGUUGCCCAGAAAAAGGCUUACUUUGAAGAACAUUACAAGAAGAUUGCUGCUCGGAAAGCUGAGCUACUGGCUCAAGAGAAACCCGAUGAAGGAGAUCCGAUUCGUAAAUCUAAUGGCCAUGAAGUAGAUAAGCAAGAGAUUAACUUUUUGAGUGAGGUUAAUGAAGGAGAUGAGCCGAAUCAGGUGCCUGAAAUUGCCACAAUGUGUCGAGAUUCAUGGGUUGAGGAAUUGAAAGAGAUAAUAAAUAGCACGGUAGAGAAUGAAGAGAAAACAGUGGAAAGUCCUGAUGAGUUAAACAAACCAGAAGAAACUUCUCUUGAAGUUGAAGGAGCCUUUUUGGCGAAAAAAGAAAUGGAAACUCCUUCACAGGAGUCUCGAGAUGUUAUCGAGUUAUCUCAGAGAUCGGAAAAUAUCGUCGACAGUACUCCCGAGAUCGAAGAUAAAAACUUGAAAUUGGAUCAAUCUGCAAAAUCUCAUAGGAUCAUAGCAGUGAAUAAGGAGAGGAAUGAUUCGAGGCCGAAGAAGAAACCUGCCUCCCCUGUGAUUAAAACACCACAAGCUACCACAUCUAGAGCAUCAAAGCCGACAUUAACACCUACGUCGUCUGCUCCGAGACCUCGAUCGAAAGCAGGAACUACAUUAUCUUAUUCAUCGACUAAGACCAAGAAUUCUGCUAAUGAACAAAGCAAGAAAGUGAUUCCUAUAUCCUUGCACAUUUCUCUUAGUUUAGAUCCCUCGAUCCCUGGCCCGGCUUCCCUUCCUGCAACAAGGAAAUCAUUGUUUAUGGAGAAAAUGGGAGAUAAGGACAUUGUCAAGCGAGCAUUUAAGACAUUUCAGAGUAAUUAUAAUCAAUUGAAACCUUUCAGUCGGGAACAAUCUGCCGCAGCAAAAACGGUACCUGCGAAGGGGAGAGAAUUGAGGGUUCCCACUUUGAUGACUCCGCAAAAGGAGAAUGGCGGGUCUUGUAGAGUUAGUAGCAUGGAGAAAAAGAAUGCUAAGGCUGCUCCAUCUUAUUCCGGCUUGAAAAGUGAUGAACGAGCCGACAGAAAAAAGGAGUUCUCCAAGAAACCGGAAGGAAAAUCCAAUGAUAGGGAAGCAGCAAGAAGACACCUACAGACGAAAUCGAUGGAUAACAGAGAUGCAGAGAUCAAAAAAUUAAGGAAGAGCCUUAAUUUUAAAGCUACACCCCUUCCAGGUUUUUACCAUGGACAGAGAGCAUCAAAAAGCCCUCUCGAUAAGCGGUUUUGUUGUCUGAUGAAAAGCAGUAGAACUGCUACAAGUGUACAGCCAUCAAACAAGUACACAAUUGGUUCCAAGGAUGGGAUGGAAGAAAACAAGAGGUGUACGUCGGCUUCGGAGGCUAACUACGUUUCCGGGCAAAAAACCCAAUAUGGUAUAAGAUCCAACGUCAAAAAUACAGUAGAUAUAGUAGUAGAAAAACGCAAGACUGCGACCGAAAGUUAA